UGAACACCACACAGGCAACUGACACACAUCUAGUACAAUAACAUAAUUAAAAAAAAAAGAAUAUAAAAAUAAUAUAUAUAUUAAAAAAUUAGAAAAGAAAAUCCAGAAAUACCUUUAACAUGAAACGAGUCCAUGUGGACAAUUACACACCAAAGUAUUACAGUGGCAAGUGGUCCUGGAAUUCGGAGAAGGAUUGUCUGGAGUUCGAACCCCAUAAUGAUCUUGAAGACGCAAGGGAGAGAUAUAUCACCACCAAUGGCUAUAAGUUCCUGCGCACCAUCGAUCAGGAGGAGGAGCUGAUCUUCCGGCAGGCAUAUGUCCGGGAUUCUGGUACAUAUGACUCCGACACCCUGGUGAUCAACGAUAUCCGCGAUUUGGUGCUCUUCCUGAUGCCCAGUGAUUUCCUCACCUACCGAUUCGUGGAGUUCAUGCACCGGCCGGCGGUCCAUCGGCUCAUCCACGCCCUGGUCAUCUACUUCGAGUACUUCCUUCGGAUGGUGGAGUUCGUCCUGGUGCGACGCGAUGAGCUGGCCGAUCAGAUCCAAAGUGAUCAGACGAUUGAGAUGAAGAAGACCUUCUCGAUUUACCUCAGUCAGUAUCGAUUACUGGUGGCCCGUAAUUACAGUGUGAUCCUGAAGGGCGAGGGUGAUAUGGCCAAUUACUAUCACCUGAAGGAGAUUGUAAAUAUUUCGGACACCAGUCGGGAUAAAAUCUUCCACGAGCAAUUUUUGGCCGUUAUGACCCAGAUCGUUUGGAUCUGCAUGCAUCGAAGGGCUUACAAUGUUAUUGAAAUGGAGAUGAAUCGGUUAUUUCGAUCCGACCACUUUGUGAUGACCCGACCGGAGUAUCUUAGCUUUACGCCAGCGGAGAGGAGUAUCCUGUAUGGAAGGAAUAACAAGAUCGUGAACUAUCGCACUCAAAUAUCACCUUUAAUUCAGGAACUGGAGCACGUGGCCGAGGAGGAUAUGCCCAUCCUGUGGAUCGGGGAGCGCAAGUAUCGGGGCAAUGAUCUCCGGAUUGCCGAGAUCGAACUGGAGUACAUUGUGCCGGGGCCACAGCUUCGAUUAAUUGACGUGUCCCACGGGAUUCUGGGUCAUCCGAAGGCGCUGUACAACACGAUCUUGGACUUGGAUUGGCCCACUGUUCGCUUCUCGAACUUCUCGUUGGGAUAUGAUCCCUACCACAUUAUGAGACAGCCUCACCUGGACAUUCCCAAGAUCGGUGCCUUGAAGGUGCGGAAGAUGAGCGAGCACUACGAGCACUUCUACAAGGUGUACCGCAUCUACGAGCCGCACAGCCUGCAGUUGCUGUACAAGUGGCUUAAGCGGGACAAGCUCGUCCAGUUCUAUCGCUCCGGAGGACUGCUGCUGACCAACGUGGUCUCUCGGUGCGAGAAGGAACUGGCCGAGAAGGUCCCCGUGACCAAGGUCGAUCAGGUCAUUUCCACCUACUUCAAGGUCAAGUCGAGGUUACGCAAGGGAUCGCCCUACGAGCCGGACAACAUCAGCAUCACGUCCUCGAGGAUCGGAGGCUUCAGCUCGCCUCGUCAGAAGAAAGCCACCACUCAGGAAUACUAUUUCGAUUGAUAUUUUCAUUUUUCAGGUGAAGUGUAUUUAAAAAAUUUUUGAAAUGCUUCAAAAUUGUAAUUUAGUGAACGAAAUAAAUAUAUGAUACUUUGAUUAA